AUGGGGAUAAAGGAAUCAUGGGUUAUGUCCCAUGACUGUGCACGUAAUAGGAAAACUGUCCCAGUAUUGAGAUGUCUCAUGUGGACUGUGGGCUAUUGGAGGUCUUCUAAAGUUCUAGUGCCAUGGGAGCCAAUUUUGGGAGAGCAUAACCAGAUUUGGAACUUGGAGGAAUGGAAAGAUCACAUUUUGUCCAAAGCACUCAAGACUAGGAGUUGUUUCAGUUGGGAAGUUUUAAGGGGGCGUGAAAAAUUUGAUGAAGCUAAAAAUGCUGGAGCUGAUCUGAUUGGUGGAGAAGAUUUGAUAAGUCAAAUAAAGGGAGGAUUCAUGGAGUUUGAUAAAUUAAUUGCAACUCCAGAUAUGAUGCCAAAGAGCAACAUAUAA